UGAAAGAGUGAAAAGGAAAACGGAGGAGGACCGCAGCAGCAGAUGGUCGUCAGCUAAAGUGAAAGAAAAACACCAACAUCCCUGUGAUGGCAAACGAGCCGGUUAUUCUCAACGUGUAUGAUAUGUACUGGAUCAAUGAGUUCACUACCUCUCUGGGAAUUGGAGUCUUUCACUCAGGAAUUGAGAUCUAUGGCAGAGAGUUUGCCUAUGGAGGACAUCCUUAUCCUUUUUCAGGUAUUUUUGAGAUAACACCCGGUGACGCCACUGAACUGGGAGAGACAUUCAAAUUCAAAGAGGCCAUUGUUUUAGGUAGCACAGACUUCACGGAAGAGGAUGUGGAGAGAAUUGUGGAGGAAAUGGGGAAGGAAUAUAAGGGGAACGCCUAUCACCUCAUGCACAAGAACUGCAAUCACUUUUCCUCAGCACUAUCAGAGAUCCUCUGUGGUCGAGAGAUCCCACGCUGGGUGAACCGGCUGGCCUACUUCAGCUCUUGUGUGCCCUUUCUUCAGAGCUGCCUGCCAAAGGAGUGGUUGACGCCAGCCGCACUGCAGUCCAGUGUUAGUCAGGAGCUCCAGGGAGAGCUGGAGGAGGCCGAAGAUGCUGCGGCCUCUGCCUCAAUGCCUUCCUGCGCUGUGGCACCCGCUCCCAGACCUACCCGACACCUACCACGCCGAUGAACCCUGCUGCCUUGAGUGACAGGCCAUCUCUGGUCUGAGCUGUUUCACAGCUUCUUCUGCCAAUAGACCCCCCUCACCCCUUCUCCUGAGAGACUAGCAAUUCACCAGCAGACUAGAUGAAACCCACCUUCUGUGUUCACUGAUUUAUUUCAGUACGCUCAAGUGACCGUUACAGGCCUGGAAACUAUUAAUCUUGUUUACUGUAAAACCUUCAUUGGGUUCGUCAGUGUUUUAAAUAGAUUUUUGCAUUUUAUGUUUUGUUUUAAAAACUCAGGACUCGAAUACAAUGGCUAUGUUUAUUGAUUUGUAUUUUUUUAUGCUUUUCUUACGCUGGAGUUGCUCACUAGCCUUUUCCCCCUUUUUCCUACAGAAAGCGCCUAGUCAGUGAAUAUGAGACAUUUUUUAUGGAGAACAUUUGUUUACAGAUUUCUUGCAUUCCAAUCCGUGUAUGAUUGUGUUGUUGUGUGCGGGUUACAAAAGCCAAAUCUCCACACUUUUGUACUGACACACAUCCCACACUUUGGUGACUGUGCCUGAAGAUUUUUACCAUUACGUGCUCCGAGAGCUCUGCACUCUUCCUCUACAGAUCUCGACCUGUUCAGUCUGCUUUGAGUGGCAGACUUCUUAUCCUAUGAGACCUCCCUCAGAUCUUUUACACCUUUUUAGUUUUUAGAGUCUUAUAUGUACUUGAGACAUUUGUAUUACAUUUUAUGAUUAUUAAAGAAAAUAUAAGUC